UUUCGAACGUACUGACAAAGAACCAAUACUGGGCAUACACAGGUAAAUAUGUCCGCAAUUAUAGAGAUGGGGUCUACCCCACACAAUGAACAAGAAGAACAAGUGUUCGUACGCAAAAGUAUUAAAUAUGUGCUGCCUAAUGACAGCGUGGAGGCUUUCAUCGGCCGUGUGGAGCCCAAACUUCCCGUUUCCCCUUUCAUUCUUCCCUCCGGUGAAGUAGUAACUUCGCAAAUGAACAACAGCUGUUAUUUCGAUGAUGAUUACCUAAAUAUGUUCAAGGAGCGCGUAGUGAAGAACGAGGGUGCCGAAUUAUACCGUGUACGUUGGUAUGGAACGUCACUAAAGCCGGUCGAGGACCUUUUCAUCGAGCGCAAGAGGCACCAUAACUACAAGCAAGUCCAUAAAUACAGUAACAAGAAAAGAUUGGAGCUUCCCAAGGAAGAAAUGGAUAGAUUUCUGGUUGGUGCACCGAUCGAAGAGUUGAAUGCAUCAAAGGAUAAAUUAGCCGGAGACAUACAAGCAGCCAUGGUGAAUUUGAGGCCAAAAAUUCGCACCCAGUACUUGAGGACCUCUUUAAUGUCCGGAGAGAACAAAGACUUGCGCAUCACACUCGACAGAGAUAUAAUGUUGUUCACUGAACCACAAAGCUGGGCUGAAAUUGCGGCGGCAGAUGGCAUGGGACAGGGUAGAGGCGUGAAGAUGCCCUUCACGGUUGUUGAGGUAAAAGUGGCUAUGGUUGAAGGUGGUAGACCUGAAUGUCCUGAUUGGAUUCACACUGCGCUGAUGGAAUGCAAUGCAAGGAAAAUCAAACUAAGCAAGUAUGGAUACGGCUGCAUACAGUUCUUUCCCAUGCAUGCGCACCCAUCACCUAAGUGGAAAACAGAGGUAGAAACGUGGAGUGAGCAGUUGACCUCAAAGCCGGCGGAUAUCACUCGCGCUAUUUCACUACGUGAUCUUGGUAUGCUUGCGCCACCAGCAGCUAGCUUGCAUGUUCCUACCAACGGUAGCAAUAGCAACAGAUACUCUGAUUAUUGGAAAGAUGAUUCCUCGCAGGACUUUGCCACAGUAGAAAUAAAGUCUGUGGACUGCAAUGAGAAACCGCUGAAGAAGUCAAGUGGGAAAACUAGAAAUAUCUUUCGCAAGGCUAAACGACAUGGAUUGAAUCGCAGGAAAUAUGGAAAGACUGAUGGAAAAGCUUUCAUGGCGAACGAGCGUACCUUCCUCAAUUAUAUACAAUGGACAAGUAGUUUAGCUACCUUCUGUGUAGGGUUGUUGCAGAUUGCCACAGGAAAUGAGGUCUUGUAUGUAUCAUCUGCGAUAAUCGCCUUCUGUGACGUACUUAUCGCGUAUGCGACUAUAAUCUAUCAUUUGCGACGUAUUUACUUCGUGAACAACAUCACGUCGAAAGGUGGACGUGUACCGAGGUCUUUCAACGAAUGGAAGGUUAUAUCGACGAUUAUGACCGUGUUCUUCAUUGCGGUCAAUUCGUACAUCAUCUACUUAUGGACGGCACAAUCAUCAACCUCGUCUGGUGUUGCAAACACUAUUAUACUGCAAAGCUAAGCAGACUGUACGACGAUUAUAGAUGAAUACAUAAUUUAGCAUCCUGAUAUUGUCAGGCAUGAACAGUGUAUCACUGUAAUACCACUAUCUUGGAAUAAAACCAGAUACCACAAUGAA